AUGCGACCAGCAUCUGGCGACCUUCUGACUGGCAGGUCCAGGAAAUCGUCUGGUGCUGACCUCUCUCCCGGCUCUGGCCCCAGCGAUAGUCUCAGCGGAAGUUUAAACACCGCUGCAGCUUCUCCUUCGAUGAUGACGUACUUUCUCGCCAACGAAGCUACCAUGUCGAAUGUCUCAUCUUCUACUUCUGGUUCUCAGCCACCCCCUACAUCCCAUCCCAGGCGUACCUCGUUUACUAGCAAUAAUAAUGAAGCUGAAAGUCCACACUCCCGACGACGGAGAUUAUCUGCCAAAGACCGGGAGGAUACGCUUACUCCUGAUACCCCCAAACCGAUACCAAUACUAGCUCCACCUUUUCCCAUGUCGCCAAACCCGGAACCAUUGCGAGAAGAGGAGCUAGAGAGUGAUUGUGAAAGGCCUAUGAUGGGAGGACUAGAAUCAGAACCUGUAUCCGAUGACGAAGAUGUAGAGAGGUCAUCGAAUGCUUCCUUUCCGUUAUCUAUCACAGAUACUUUACCCCCAGGAUCUCCCUACAAGCCAUUACUGCGAAACUACUCCCCCGGCCCACCGCUUCCAUCCCUCUCCCUCGCAGGUACUCGAAAUACUAGUUCUAAGAGCUUAUCUGAUUUCUUAAACGACGGUGAAAAUCUGCUCUUGGAACGGAAGCUUGGUAAAGGGAAGAAUGUGGAUCUCCAGGAUCCCACUGUUGUUGAAAGCCUCGACUCUUCUACUUUGUCGACACAGUUUAUUAUGCCAACCAUCAAAAUGCCUAGUCGGCGGCCCUUUACCUCCCGUGGGAAUGAUAUCGGUCGCCUAAAGAUCUUGGUUGCUGGUGACUCCGGAAUCGGGAAGACUUCAUUGAUUAAAUCAAUAAUACAGGCGAAUGAGGAUAUAGUCCAUGUUGAUCCUUGGGUAUACACUACACCAAGUAGUUCUGUUACGUCUUCCUUCUAUGGAGGCAAGGAGACUACAGGAACUACCAAUAGCUUGACUGAGAUAUAUGCCAGUACCAAGCCUUAUCCCACAUGGUGGAGUGACUUCGAGGAUAGCAGGGUGUUGAGAAGGAGGAAAAGCACGGGGGAGACAGUACUAGAAAGAAAUGUGUGUUUCGUCGAUACACCUGGGUAUGGGGCUGGAACCUCGUACUCUGAAUGCAUUGACCCCGUGGUUAAAUACGUCGAGAAGCAGCUAGAGCGGACAACAUCAAUUAUGACCGGUAGUGAAGGUGAUUUGCUAUCCUUCCUCACUGGGAAUGGUUCACCUCAGGUUGACGUUGUCCUCUACGUUAUUUUACAUCGUCUCAAGCCCGUGGAUAUUGACUUUAUCCGUAAACUCUCUGCGUUGACAAAUGUGCAUCCUGUAAUUGCCAAAUCAGAUACAUUGACACCGUCUCAGGCUACAGAACUCAAACUAUCAAUCCUCAAUGAUCUUAGGAAUGCUGGGAUCCGUGGCUUUUUGUUUGGAAAAUCGGCGGACGAUGUCGCUCGAGGGUUGCCGUCGUGCCCGCCGUUUACUACGUCCUCGGCUCAAACAGUGGAUGAAAGUAUGGAUGCAAGUAUUUUGAUGAGCCCGGAAUACAUCCCUCCGCUAGCCACGAGCGAGCUCGAUGAGCUUGUUAACCAUUUGUUCGACCCCGAUCAUACGGCCUGGCUACGCCAUAGCAGCACCAAAAAAUUUCUGGCCUGGAAAGCGAAGCACCCCGCCCUUAAUCCCAGUAUUAUCCCCAACCCAUCGGCUUCAACCCAGCUUAUUCGAUCUCGGUCUCCACAUAGUAGUUUGAUACCGUUAUCUGGUACGGGUGUUGGAACAGCCAGCAGCGGGACAGCCAGCUCCUUCGUUUUAGCUAGGGUAGCUGACCAUACGAGGCGGGAAGAGCAUAUGGCUCAACUUCACCUUGCCAAGUGGGCUGCAGACCUUCAAAAGUCGAUCAAAUCAGAGAAAGAGCGAUUUGAACGACUGGCAAAGGGGGAUCGGGCUAUUUGGCUGACCGAAAAGCUGGGUGAAUGUGUUGUUGAUGGAAGUCUAGUACCAGUGGAUAGGACGGGCAAGAUGCUUGUCAAAACAAAUGCUGGAGAGACAAUGUCGGUAGAACCGAUCGUCCGAUUCGGAAAAGGAGGGAUGAUAGUUGGAGGCUUGGAUAGGAGAGAUCCCAUUGGCUGGCUCCGACUUAAUCAGCAAGCUAGGAGAGGAGCUUACCUGGUUGUGCAGAUUACAGGCACCGCAGGGGUAGUGGGUGUAGUUGCAGUUUUCGUGGUCAAGUAUCUUUUUGGAGCUACGCCGGCUUGGAUGCAGAAGCUCGGGCUUUAA